UCUGAACUUUAAACCACCCUUUGUCUUUUAGCUUUAUUUAUUUUUAUUUUAUUUCUUUAUGACAAUUAUUAUUAUUACUGAGCACUGUGUAAAACAAAGGACAAUGUCUUUAGUCUUUACAUACCUUGCAGAGAGAAAGAGAGACUUCAUCUGAAUCCAUCUCUCUCUCUCUUUCUUUGUCUCUCUAUCUAAAAUCAGUUCCUCCAGCCAUGGAAGAACCUUCUGUUUCAAGUAGCAUAUCUCCUUUCUAUGGAUUAGACAGCUCUGAAAAAGAAGAAUAUAGAAACCAAGAAGAAGAAAAAGGAAUUGAUCUGAAUAAAGGGUUUUCAUCAGAUUUCUCAAUUGAAUCUGAAAUUGAGUAUCACAAUAAUCAAGAACUCAAUCUGAUAGGAAAUUUCAAUGUGGAUUCAUCAUCAACAUCAUCAUCAACAGGGAAAAAGGAAGAAGAAGAAGAAGAAGGUGAGGAAGAAAGUAGAGAAUUAGAUGCAGAAGAAGAACCAAGAGUAUUUUCAUGUAAUUAUUGUCAAAGGAAAUUCUACAGUUCACAAGCAUUAGGAGGACAUCAAAACGCACAUAAAAGAGAGCGGACAAUUGCUAAAAGAGAUCGGCAUCUUGGUGAAGCUGCUGCAGCUGCUUUUAAUUAUGCAAACAUGCACCACCACCUCAACAAUCCCUACAACCACCAUCAAUAUCAGUUCUCAAGUAUGGGUUCUUUACCUCUUUAUGGUUCUAGAUCACUAGGUGUUCAAGUUCAUUCUAUGAUUCACAAAUCCACAUCACCAUCAUCUUCUCUACCAUCUCUUUUACCUUCUUCAUCUUUUGGUCAUCCUCAACAUCUAUAUGGACAGAAUCAUCCUGGAUGGACUGCAUCAUCAUCUUUUAGGCCAUCCAUAGUUGAUCAUCAACCAACAAUCGGACGGUUACCGUCAUUUGUAUCUGGGUCUAUGCCACGUGUCCCUAGGUUCAAUAAUUAUGAAGGAGGGGUUGGUGGUGGUUUUCUGUUGCAAGGUGGUGGUAGUGAUGGUGGUGGAAGGAGUAGUAGUACUGCUAGUAACCAAGGAGAAUUGAAGAGUAUUGAUUUGGCACUCAAGCUUUAGUUAAACUUUUUUUUUUUUUUUUUGCUAAAAUUAGUGUUUUUUACACUUUUACCAUCAUCAGUCUGUAAUUUGUACUUGGUUUUCAAUCUAUUUAUGUCUAUCUUAGUUUUUACUAAAUUUGUAGUGAUUCAAUGCCUUGCCUUGUGUAACUAAGUUGUCAAUGACAAUGAGCUUAUAAUAGAAGUACUAAUGUUGUGUA